UUGUGUUUGUGAAUCGGUGCACUUGCGUUUGUAUCCAAAAUAUCCAUUAUACCUGUACUUCAUUUUUAACCAUGGAAACGUACAAUAAGCUUAAGCAAUUAGGAAAAGGCACCUUCGGAACGGUCUACCUGUGCGAAAGGAUCCACAAUAAACUGAAGAUUGUGGUCAAAGAGAUCAACGGGGAUUUAGAUAACAAGCAGGUUGAGGUGGCUAAAAACGAGGUGGCCGUGCUUAAGGCACUCAACCAUCCUAAUGUCAUCCAGUACUACGACAGUUACUUGAAGAACGGCACAUUCUUCAUCGUCAUGGAAUACGCCAAGCACGGAAACCUCUACGAGUUGAUCAAUAGAAGCAAACCGAAUUUCAUCGAGAAAGAUAAAAUUCUAUCAAUUUUUGUUCAAACUCUGAUGGGUCUGGAUCACAUUCACUCGAAGAGCAUUAUUCACAGGGACAUGAAAUGCGAGAACGUUCUAUUGACUGGAAUCAACGGGGACAUCGUUAAAAUCGGCGAUUUUGGUAUAUCCAAAAUUUUAGAAAUGAACUAUGGAAAAACGAAUACGAUCAUAGGAACUACAAACUAUUUGGCACCAGAAAUAUGCGAUGGUCAACCGUACGAUACGAAAUCUGACAUUUGGUCAUUAGGUUGCAUCUUGUACGAGCUUUGCGCUCUAGAAAGAUUGUAUUCAGGAUCUAUGUCUUCUGUAAUUGUGGCAAUAAAAGCCGGCAGAAGGAAGAGGAUCAACGUGGAUAUAUUGGGAAGCGAGUUGCAGAGGAUCAUCGAUUCCAUGGUCGAGGUAAAUCCGGCUUUGAGACCAACCACGACGGCCCUCCUGGCCCAUUCCUUCAUCUAUCCCAUAACUCACACGCUGAUGCUAAGUUUAGGUAACAUACCAUCCGCUUGAAGUUAAAAAAAUUAAUUAUUUAUUAUUACAUUUAAAUUCGAUACAAAAUAAAAAUCAUCAAAA